UCAGUUUUUCUCGUUUCUUUCUCUCUCUAGCUCUCCGCCAAAAUCGACGAUCCAAUUCCUUUUUUUUCGGCCAGAAAAAUACGACGACCCAAUUCAAAAGCCUAAUAUUUAUAUAUCGCCCGCACAAAACCCUAUGCCCUUUUCCCAUCUUUCUACUUAGACGGAACUUUCCCAACCAACCAAAAGUUUUCAGUGUAGUAAUUUCCAGGAAAUCCAAGACUUGCCCAUUUUUCUUUGCCUCAAGCAUUAGCUUCCCAUAUGAUCUGUUCAUACCUCAUGCGUCGAAUUUUUCAGUUGAAGAAAGCGUUUCAGAUUUCCUUCAAACCCUAGUCUGUGAAUUUGAAUUUCUGUUUGCGAUGAAUUCGGGUCCUAUCGACAUAAGCUCCGACGAAGAAUCGGGCCGGAACGAGAAGGAAGACGAGGCAAUCUACGAUUGGAUAUCGGAACUUAUGGACAGCAUCGACAACGAAAACGAUGACGAUUCCGAUGAUGUUGUGGUGAUUGGUGAGGUCAACAUCAAGCCCAAGACCAAGUCUUCAAAACCGCCGGUGACAGAUGUGGACGACGAUUGCGUUGUCUUGGAUGGUGACCCGGAUAAGCCGGUUUCGGUAGUGGAUGAUUCGGGUAGCAACUCCGACGAGUUGCUUGUAGUAGGGGAGAAGGGGCAGAUAGCAUGCAGAGACUACCCUCAUCCACGGCAUCUUUGUGCCAAGUUUCCUUUCAAAACUACCCUGCAUGAGAAGCACUGUGACCUUUGUCACUGUUAUGUUUGUGACUCUCUGGCACCCUGUGUACAUUGGGGCACUGGAGUCUCCAACAUUGGCCAUUGUCAUGCCACUGAUAAAGAAGAGACGUGGAAAAUAUUGAGGAAGGAUUCGAAGAUAGUGAAAAGUUCUCCACCAGCUCCAAAAUUGCCUGCGGCUCUGCCUAAACUUAGUCAAGGUCCACCACGUAAUAUUAUUCGGUUGGCACCUAGCUCUAUAUUACAGAAUCAGGUCUCUAGGCCAACUACGAUCCGUGCUUGCUCCUCAACCAGUCGCACUAUGCCUAGCGUCAGAAACCCGGGUAGAAGCCACCAAUCAGAAUUUAUUUUGUCUAAGAACCGAGCCCAUCCAUGUUCAGUUUCAAAGCAGUUGGUUGGUGCACGCAAUAAUGUUGUUGGGAGGAACAGAGGUCAUAAUAUUGAUAACUUAGGCCCUCAAUUUGUCUCUUCUCAUCCAAUGUUCAAAAGAGUAGGAGCUGUUGGUGGCACCUUGCCAGUAAACCGAACCACAUUUGGUUCAGCAAAUAACAGUAGUUGUACCAGUCCAUCUCAAUAUGGCAGAAAUUCCGCUCCCAUGGCAGCAUCAAGUGACAGAAAGCACUUCAGGUGGCAGAAUGUUCCUUCUACCGUGCAUCAGAACUCCUCCCAGCCCAUGGCCACAUUCGUUGGAAAUACAGUGCCUUUCCACCCCCAAACAUGUAGUCCUAGGGCCACUAUUUUUGAUUCAGUUUUUAGCACAAAUUUUCCUGAUCAAGGCAAUCAUAGGCAAAAUGAUAGCUAUAUCUCGCAGUAUGGGAAUCAAAGUCAGGAUGCCAGUCAAGGUGGAUAUCAGUACGGGAAUCAAAGUCAGAAUUCAAGCCAAAAUAUCUGUUUGCAAGAUAAUCUAUGUGCAAGUGUCACAGAUAUGGGUUUUUCAGAUUGUAACUAUAGUUGGGUGGACAAUUCCAGUCAAAGCAUUCAACAUCCUCCAAUUCAGCAGCCUCCUUUUCAGCCGCCGCCAGUUGAAACUUCUCAAAUUCAAAGCACCGAGCCUAUAUAUGUGCCAUCUCUCGUGAAGGAGCAGUCUAAUGAAAUUGCUAAUGUCAGUUUGGACAGUCAAUUAGACUGGCUACUGGAAAACCAGUCUAUUCCUGCAGUAACAAGUGAUUCUGUGCCAUCUCAUCUAAAUGUCUUGUCUCCUGAGCCUACUUUUAUAGAGCCAGGAAUGAUUAUGUUUGAUUUCGAAACCUCUUGGAAUGGUCUCACAGAGGUGUAGUCUCGACCGAAUCCGUGCUUCCCAAAAGACCUGAAGCUUGCAUGGGUAUUGCGAGCCUCGCUUGUGCUUUCAAAUUAAAAGAAGCUAUUUAACACAAUUUGUGUUUCAGCAAAAUGGUUAUCUGCAGGCUUAUGGGUGUAUUGAGCUUUGGUCUUGUAUAGUCUUAUGAAGUCUUGAGUGUACAAAGGUAUUGUUAGGUGAGAUGCUGUGUAGAGGCUGGUUGUUUUUCACAAUCUUCUCCUAUUUUAUGAAUUCCUUAUGGUUAAAAUUAUGGUAUACAUCAGUCCUGCACAUUGCUCUUCUAGCGGUUCGGUUUCAAGUGGCUUCAUGCUUGGUCAUGUUGCCUGUGUAGUUUUGGUUCUUCUGGUGGUACAAAUGAAUGUUGAUAUAUGGUCAUAAA